AACCUAAUAUUUUGGACUAAUUCCAUUCAGUCUUUUUUAGCCACAGGCAACUGUUACCUGACUAUAGGCAGCAUUUCCCUCUGUUACUUUCAUUGACCUUGUGACAGAUCUUUCCCUUACUUAUGAAUUGUGUGAACACUCCCAUAACAGCUGCACGUAUUUCAUCCAGGGACCAUUCCAUAACUUAUUGAUCAUUUCUCUGUCAAUUGACAGACACGAAGUGGAUUACCCAGGAGCUCCUAUACAUGCAGAGGACACAAAUUGCUUUGUGACAGGAAGCCAGGAAGACCCAAAGGAGGGCACAAAGAUGGGUCACUAAAAUUGCAUGCUUUGACCUCUUAUGCCCAGAGCCUGACCCCAUUUUUCUAGGGGUAACAGUGUUCUGCGGUGGGAGGAACCAUUUUCACUCUGCAGGUGAGCAGGCAGCCAGACAGCCUGACCCAAGGUAGCCCGUGGGUCCAAAGGCCUCGUGAGGCGCGCGUGGUGCCACCGUUUCGGCCAGGCCUGUGGGUGGCCACCAGCGGGUUGGGCCCAGAGAUGGCUUCAAGGCGGCCUGGUCCCCCAAGAUCCACGAACAAGGACCGGAAGAAGUUGUCCUCGAUCGCGCCGGGAAUGCACUGGCCUAUGAGAGUGCCCGGGGCGACUACGGUGAUGAAAGCCUUGGGCCGCUUCAAGAUGUCGGUCCCGGAUAUAUACCACACUCGGCUGCUGGCCUCGCUCGACCCCCUGGCUUUGGACAAGGACACUCCGCAGAUGCCUGUGAAGCAGGAGAUAAUGCCAGAGGAAAAGGUCUGGGGCGACCACCAGCCCCUCUCUAAGAUCCCAUUUAAAAUUCUGAGCGGGCAUGAACAUGUUGUGAGUUCCUGCCACUUCUGUGUGAAUGACACCAAGCUCCUCAGUAGCUCCUAUGAUCGCACUGUGAAGCUGUGGGAUGCCACUGAUGGAUCUGUGAUUCGGGAUUUUGAGGAAAGGCCCUCAGCUCCUGUUACAGAGUGCAGCAUCACAGCUGACAGCAGAAGAAUUAUUGCAGCAUCCUAUGACAAAACAGUGAGGACUUGGGACCUUGAAACAGGCCAGCUGCUGUGGCGGAUCAACCAUGAUUAUUUCAUAGUGUCCUGUAAGUUUUCUCCUGAUGGCAAAUAUGUGGCCUUGAGCUCAGAUGUGGAUCAUGGAAUCUGCAUAAUGGAUGCAAAAAAUACCACCAUUUUGGCAAACAUUAAAGAUCAUCACAGAAGAUCAAUCAUGGCAUGCUGCUUUGACCCUGACAGCCAGAAGUUGGCUUCUGUUUCGUUGGACAGGUCCAUCAAGAUCUGGGAUGUCACAUCCAAAGCCACACUGCUCACCAUCACACAGGCACAUGAAAACGCAAUCUCCAACUGCUGUUUUACCUUCAGUGGCCACUUCCUGUGUUCCAGCUCCUGGGACAAAAACUUAAAAAUAUGGAAUGUGCACACAGGGGAGUUUCGAAACCGAGGAGCCUGUGUGACUCUGAUGCAGGGCCACAAUGGUUGCGUGAGCUCCUGCUGCUUUGCCAGAGAUAACUCUUUUCUCAUUUCUGGAGGGUUCGACAAGUCUGUGGCUAUUUGGGAUGUAGGAGAAGGCUACCGAAAGCUGUCGUUGAAGGGUCAUGAGGACUGGGUAAUGGAUGUUGCUAUCAGCAACAACAAGAAAUGGAUCCUGUCUGCUUCAAAGGAUAGGACCAUGAGACUAUGGAAUAUUGAAAACAUCGACCAAGUUCCUUUGGUAAUUGAGAACAAAAAGGCCAUGGGCAUACGGGUGAAACAGUGUGAAGGAUGUGACAGACCAUUCUCCACCUUGGAAAGUGACAGCGCUUUGGAAAUAGUCACCAAAUGCAUCUUCUGCCGGAGAGAUCCAACGGACUUGCCAGCAGAGUCUUCAUCAUCACUGGACACUGAGAACGAUGAGGACUGACAGCCACUUUGAGUGACUUGAUCAUGGGCCACCUGUCAUCCAGGUUGCAGGGCUCUCUGCAGGGAUCUUCUCAGGGUCCCUCUGCAGCUGAGUGGGGCUGUCAGCCUGGGGCAGGGGCCAACCCCUGGCUGGGCUCUCAGUACAAUGCCACCUCCUCAGCUCCACAGCAUCCUUGGGGGGUGAACAUGUCUGUGUUCAUGCAGAAUAAAUCUAGAUUCCUUUGGAAAACAAGUGUGCAUAUGAAUUGUAGAAGCAGUUUUGCUAUUUCUAAGCUUCAUGUCAUUUUGUUCAUUUUGUCUCGUUUGGGGA